GAGUACCAAAUCUCCGUCUUCUCAUUUUGGAUCACUUUGACAUUAAGAAGGAUUUUAGAAAUCUUCUUUCAAAGUUACUUUGGCUCCGUUGGCAUGGCUGUCCGAGAGCUUUUAAUGUAAUCAAUUUGAACUUGGAGGUCUUGGUUGUUCUUGAUUUAUCGUGGAGCAAGGUAACUGAAGGUUGGGAGGGUUGGAAUAGUAUAAAGUUGGCAAGGAAGUUGAAAGUCUUAAUUCUCAGAGGAUGUGUUGACUUGAUACAAACUCCAAACUUCUCUAAUUUCGAGUCUUUGGAGAUGCUGAUUUUAGAAUAUUGCUCUCAUUUGGUUCGAAUCGACCCAUCGAUUGGUCAGUUGCAACGUUUGCAAAUUUUAGAUCUGAAAUUUUGCACUGACCUCGGUAACUUGCCCAGAGAACUUGAUUCUCUGGAAGCUUUGAGAGAGCUCCGACUUGAUGGAACUUAUAUAGAAGAUAUUCCGGUCUCCCAAGAUAUGAAGCAUCUUAAAACUCUCAGCGCCUGCAACUGUAAAUCAUUGGCACGAUUAUCCAGUGAAAUUGGUGACAUAAAAUCUCUAGAAUUUCUUUCGAUUGAUGGCUCUGAACUUACCACACUCCCCGACUCAAUUAAAAGGCUAGAAAAGUUGAAACAACUGUCUUUGAGAGAUUGUCGGUUGUUGUGGAAACUUCCAGACGCCAUUGGAAACUUGACAUCAUUAGAGAACCUGGAUCUCUCAAGUACAGGAAUAGACAAAUUACCACACGCCAUUGGUAAUAUGCAUCAUUUGAAGAUGCUGAAAAUGGACGGAAGUUUCAUUAGAAAGUUCCCUCGAUCUAUCGGAAUGCUGAAGAAGCUUGAGGAGAUUCAUGCAUCACGCUGCAGGAGUUUGGAAAAAAUUCCUGAGGAGAUCAAAGGCUUGUCUCGUUUGAGAAAUUUGGUGUUGUCAGAUUCCAAUAUUCCCAGCCUACCAGGGAGCAUCUCUAGUCUUUCCCACCUUCAAAACCUUGAUUUAUAUGGCUGCGACAAUCUUCAUGAGGUUCCUCUGCUUCCCACUAGUUUAGCCACUUUGCAUCUCACUUAUGACUCAAGUAAAUUGAAGUCUUUGGAUAUUUCAAAUCUGACCAAUCUCAAAGAGUUGUACCUUGCCAAUAAUAUGGAGGAGGAGGCAUCUCCCGGCACAGACGGAUAUUUGAUGGUGGAGCCAAUCAGCCUUUUGGGGAUUGGCAAAGUGACAAAAGUUGAGACCUUGAAAUUGUGCCUCCCAGGCUUCACUAAACUACCGGAAAUGGAUGCUCUCAAGCAGCUAAGGAAGCUUGAUCUUCAAUGUCCAGACCUACAACAUCUCCACGACUACCCAAAAGUUUGA